CCACCUUACAGAUCUAGUCAUCUCAAACGACUUCGGCUUGUAUGUUGCUAUAGCAUUUCGGAUGAGGGAUUAAGUGAAGUAGCCACAAAAUUUCCAUUACUGGAGGAGCUUGACAUUUCAUACUGCUCAUUAUCAAAACAAGCUCUUGAAGUUGUUGGGCGUUGUUGUCCUCUACUGAAAUCAUUUAAGCUGAACAACCAGGGGUGCAGAAACCCACAUAUAGAGUGCAAUGAAGAGGCACUAGCUAUUGCCGAACACAUGCCUCAUUUGCGCUACCUUCAAAUUUUUGGGAAUAAGCUGACAAAUGAAGGCUUGCAAGCCAUUCUAGAUGGUUGUCCACACCUUGAAUCACUUGAUCUGCGCCAAUGUUUUAAUGUCAAUAUGGACGGACAUUUAGGGAAAAGAUGCAUUGAACGGAUCAAAGAUUUGCGGCAUCCCUAUGAUCCCACUGAUGACUAUCCCUUUGAUGCUGAAAUUGCUGACGUGGGAUCAUCUGAGGAAGACUAUCCAUCUGGAUUUUCUGAGAUUGAUUUCUUGUCUGAUGAUGAUGACUACUAUGAAUUCUCUGGUGGCAGUGAUAUGUCUGACUUUGAGCACCUAUAUUUUGAUUAGCUCCUUUUUGAUGAAGUUGAGAUGUAUUCAGACAAAUUGCAUUCAAACUGGACUUCUCCAUGGGGGACGACUAUGAUGUGCUGAUAGUAGUGAUGAUUUUAUAGAGGUUUUGUAGGUGGAGAUGUGGCUGCUUAUGCAAUGGCAUUCCGAUGCAGAUGCUUGAAAAGUAUAUGGAAUAUUUGGGAUGCUUUUGAUAAAACAAUUGUAAAGUAUGUAUUUGUGUCAUUUUGAGAGUCCUGUUGUUGCUCUCUGGUUUCUUGUUUUCUUGUCCGAACCCCUUUGUUUUAGACGUCUUGAAUGUGUUUAUGUUCACCAGCUUUAUAUGACGUCUAAGUAGCUGCCGUUCGUAGUUAUGAAGUGCAAUUUGCUGUUAA